CUAGUUUCCUUAUUUUGCGGUUUGUCCUAUAUUUGACCUAUUUAUCAGGAUCGCCGACACAUGUUAUAAUCUUAACAUAUUACAAGCAUGUCAACCCGUCAACGCAAAGAAAAUAAGAAAACAAAAGAAAAUGUCGUCGAUGAUAAGGACAAUAACGAGAGUGCCAAAAAAUCCCAUCUGAACAAAAACAGACCCGGGUGUUUAUAAGAAGGCAGUGAGUCGAGCCCUUGUCAGAGUACUAUUUAUAGCAGCGUUUCUAAUUGGUUUAAUGUUCAUCCGAAGCAAAGAAGAUUUCAAAAUACUUGCAUCACAGAAAGAAUUUUAUCAAAAAAAAACUUUUCAGGUCUCGUGCUCUAAAGAUUAUGAUGACUUUGAAAAAUUCCCAGGUUGUACACCAACGCGGUGUGGAAGACUUGUUAUUGAUGGACUAAUAACAGAAAAAGAAGCUAGACAACUCCUACAAAUUGCCAAAAAUGGCCUUGCAUUAGGUGGUUCCAAUGGAGGGGCAUCUAUAUUAGAUCUACAUUCAGGUGCUCUCUCCAAAGGAAAUAGCUUCAUUAACCUUUUCAAGUAUCUUGAAAAUGAAAACCUUGAUAAUAUAUUUGAAAAAGACGACGUAGAAGUUUACAAGCAUGUGAAAAAUAAGAUAAAAGCUGUGAUAUCGAGAGAGUUUGGUGUAACUAAAAGUAGACUACAUCUCACGCACCCGACGUUCUUCUCAAGAAUGAAUAAUAAACCAGCACAGACAGUUCAUGAUGAAUACUGGCAUCCGCAUAUUGAUAAGGUUACGUACGAAACCUUUGACUACACAUCGCUGGUCUAUUUAACUGACUAUGGAAAAGAUUUUGAUGGAGGCAGGUUUGUAUUUGUGGACAAAGAAGCAAACUGGACAGUGGAGCCUAGAGUUGGUCGUCUGUCUCUGUUCACCUCAGGAUCUGAAAAUCUUCACUACGUUGAGAAAGUCUCAUCAGGAACCCGUUACGCCAUUACAGUCUCCUUCACGUGUAAUGAUAAACAUGCCAUUGAAAAUCCAGACUUUUAGUCCUCCUUUACAUACUUCAUAUUUUCCACUCUUAUAUUCAUAUUAAAAAGGUGUUAGAAGAUAAGGGCAUUAUACGCGAUGAAGAUUCAAUUUCAAUUCGCACAAGUUCGUUCAAAAGUACCGAUAGUCCAAAAUAGGGACUUGUAAUUUGACCACCAUAUGUCCAUUGUGCGUCCAUCUGCAUCUGUAUCUCAGAAAUGCCUAGGCCUAUUUUAUUCAAACUUCACACACA